AUGGAUGUGAAGGGUGCUUAGCAAGACAAACAGGUGAUCUUAAAAUGCUCUAAAGAUAAGAUUUGUCUUACCUGUAAAGAUGAUAAUAUCGAAUCAUGCUUGACUUGCGUAACUGGCUUCAGUUAAGACUCUUCUAAUAGCUGUAAAACCUGCCAUCUUAAUCCGACACUAUGCGUCAAGGAAUAGUGUAACACUGAAUGCUCAGCAUGCUAUGAUGGAUUUGGGUUGUUUAACAACUAUUGCUUUAAGUGUUAUGAUGAGAAUUGCCUUGAGUGUCCUGGAUCAAUUGAUUGUAUGACUUGUUCUUAAAAAUACACACCUAUAAGUAAAAGUCUUGUUGAAUACGAAGAUUAAAAAACUAUCCAGUGCUAGGAUAAAGAAAAUACCACUGCAAAUUUCGAAAUCUAUAUAACAAACAAGGAUACAGCAAAAUCAGUAUAGGCUAUUAGUGGGACUAUAUCUGAUGCAUUUGGAGAUCUUGAAGAUGCUUUAGAAAAAGCAUAUGAGUUGAGUUCAUCCUAUAUCUAUUCUAAAGUAACAAUAUAUCUCUUAAAUCAAAAUGGCACUACUCAUUAUCUUCUAAAUAAUUUAAGGGACUACUACUUACCAAGGAAUGUUGACAAGAGGCAUUAGAGUUGGGAUAUAAUAAUCAAGCCUUAUUCAAAAGUUACUGAAAAAGUCGUAAUCAUAAAUAAAAGAAGGGAUAAAUUGAAAUUCUUAGUUGGUUAGGGACUAGAAAUCCAAGAUAUAGUAAUCGAUAGUUUAGAUUCAGUUAUUUCAAGGCAUAAUGAUCCUGCAAACUGUUUGAGCUCUAAAAUAAUAUGCUGCUAAAAUGAUGGAGGCAAAAUAAAAUCGUUAACAAGUACUCCUUGCUUAAAUCCAUAGAAUCAGCUAUGGAAACCAACUAGAGAGAGAUGUUUGGCUGCGGAUGGAAUAUCAGUGUUUUAAUUUGGAUACACAGGACUGUUGCCAUUAAAUUUCAUUCCUAUCUUAAAAUUCAAGAGAGCUGGAAAAAUAACUAUCGAGUUUACAACUUUCCAAUACUUCAGUGGAUGUGGUGCAAUAAUUCGAAACUUUUAAUCUAAAUUCAAUUUUACACCUGAAUUCAUUGAUAUGCAUCAAUCAAGAUCAAACCAAAUAUAUAAUUAUCGACUAAACUAUGCCAGUUAAGAGAUUAAAAGAAAUUAUCCGGAUGAAAACAUUCAGACCUAAUUGAAUUGUAGCAUAAUUGAAUGCCACUAAAUAAAGAUAUAUGGUUCUAACUUCUAAAAUUUCUACUUUAUGAGAAAAUAAUUGUCAAAUGCUGUGUUUGUUGAUCCCACUCUUGGAAUGUAAUUCUAUUCUUCGAGCUGCUCAAUAUCAAGUGAAAUUUACAAUGGAAUAACUAAUUUGGACGAUUCUAUUUACCCAAUAUUCAAGAAUAGGACUCACCCAUAAAUUUCCAACAUUAUUUCAAUUUUAGGCCUCAAGCAACUAAUAGUAAUGAGAAAUAACACUUUUUUAAAUAACACCUCUGUAAAAGGUCUAAUAUACAUAUAAAAUGAUGAAGACCCUAAAAAUAAUAAUGCGAUAGUGUUAUCAGAUAAUUUAUUCAAGCAUAAUGGAGGCUACUUUGCUAAUAUUGCUGUGUUCAUCAGGACUUUUGUUCAAGUAAAUCUAUACUAAGUAAAUCCUUAGGAAGUGAAAUCAUGUAAAGGAAUACAUGUAACUAAUAAUUAAUUUGAAUUGAAUUAUGGUUGUGCAAAAUUUGGGGGUGGUGUAUUUUAGUACGAGUGCUUAACAAAUGAUGGUGUCAGUAACGACAUUUAUUAAAUAAAAAGAAAUGAUUCGGCUCUAGUUAGAUAAAACAACGAUCCUUUAAUUAUAGAAUCUAUGCCUCAAAGAUUAAUUUGGAAAAGUAUUGACUACAAAAACUUUAUAUUCAAUUCUAAUCUGGUUGAGAUCAAAUUUUUAGAUAAUUCAACCUCGAAUAUUGACAUGGAUCAUUUUACAGUGAAAUCAAACAGGUAUAUUUAGAAUUUCGCCUCUAUGGGUAAGGGUAUUGUAGACAUUACAGGAGUACAGAUACUAAGAUUAAUUAAUGAAACAUAUCAAGAAAAUGGAGAAAAUUUAAAUGAACUGAUACUCUAUUUUAACUAAUUGUUUGAUGUCUUAUUGAUUCCGGAUGAAGAUUUAACUCAAACUGUAAUGGAUAUCUUUACUACUGUCCCUGAACUUAUAAAUUUGGACCAUAGAGCAUCACUUGCCAUUUAUCAAUGCAAUUACUUAUAUUUAGAUCAGAUGACUUUUCAUAAUAAUUGGCUUUUGUCUGUGUCAUCGAUGAUUGAUUUAAACAGAGCUCAGGAAUUGGCUGUUGAAAAUUUUUAUGGAACCUUUGUGAUUUAAAAUUCUGUAUUCAGUAAUUUGGUUGAUGGAGUAAAGGAUGGCUCAAUAGUUUCAGUUAUUUCAUUUUCGGAUUAAAACUAAUCCUUUAUUAAGGACUUGAUUAUUUAAAACGUUACAUUUAAGGAUAUGAAUUUCGGUUUCAACUCUGUUUUUCAAAUAAAUUUAGAACCUACUGUACUUGUUGCUAAAGAUAUACUAAUUGGAAAUAACUUAAACAUUUCAAACGUUAAAGGGGGUAAAGGAACUAUUUUUAAACUUCAAAGAAUACACUAGACAACCAAUAAUUAAUAACAAGAAUUUAAUAUUCUCUUCCGAAAUUCAAUAAUAUAAAAUAUUUCAACUAAUGGAAAUGGCAGCAUUCUCUAUAUAGACUCAAAUGGAUUAGGACAAAGUUUGAUUUUAAUGAAAUCAUUAGUGGGAUCUAAUAUUUUAGCAUCAGGAUCAGGUUCAAUCAUUUAUGGAUAAUCACUUAAUGAUUAAAUCUAGAUAUUACAAAAUGUCAAACUAGGAUAAAAUAAUUUGCAAAAUAUCGAUGCUAAUUAAACUGGAAAAGGAUUCUAUAUUAAAUAAUUUGGAGAUAUUAGUUUUGAAAUAGAAAGUUCUACAACAACUUGCACAGCUUAUAGUUAUGUGAAACUUAUAGAUGAUUCAGACAAUGUUGAGACAAUUGUAAGUUAGGUCACGGAAUUGAUUGAGAAGAUUAAAUCAACAAAUAGCUAUGAAGGAAGUUUAAUUUACUUAGAAUCAAAAUCAAAUGCAGCAUACAUAGCUAAUUCUCAUAAUAUUGAGCAAUGCGGUAUUGGAUUCAGGGGAUCAUCUCUAAUUUACAAGCCACUUUUUAUCUAUGCAUAUGGCUAAUACGGUGGAGCCUUCUUUUUAAAAUACACAACCCCCACUGAUGAUACCAUCAGUUUGUCAUUUAUAGAAUACUAAAUUGGAUUAGUUUAUGUUAAAAUAAAAGGUGGUAUAGUCGCAAUCGAGGCUGAUGAUAGCCAAAACUUCAAUAUCAUCAUAAAAGAUAGUUUUAUUGAAAAGCUCAAUGCAGGAGUAAUGACCUAUGAUCUUGAUAGAUUCAACAAAAGUGGAGGAGGAUUUCUACAUUACAUCGGAGGAAAUAUAGAUGUCUAUGCUAUUAAUUGUGUAUUUUAAAGAAUUAGCAGUUAGGAAAAUGGAAAUGGAGGAAUUUUGAAUAUUUAUUCUUCAGGCUAUACUUCUUUGUAUAUAAAUGACUAUCUAUCCGGAACUUAAGGUGGAGCUAUAUAUUGUGAAAGCUGUGUAAUUAAAAUGAAGGGAUCAGAAAUUUUCUAAACUUUUAGUUAUUAAGGUGGCUUUAUCUUUGUCGUUAGUGCAAUUUCACUUAGAGCUGAAGAUUUAAUUGUUUAAAGCACUGUUGUAAAUGAUGCAGGAGGAUUUCUCUACUUUAUGUAAGAACUGACUGAUAAUGCUCAAGGAAAUAUAUCAUUCUACAAUGUAUGA